CCCAUGUCCCUCGACCACUAGGCGCCAUGUCUUAUCGGGAAUGCCGUUCAGUGCCGGUCAUGUCAGCGCGGCUGCCAAGGCAUAUGCAAUCGGCAACCUUGAACGCCAUGUUUGGAACUCGCUCGAGCAUCAUUUCAGCCUCGCUACAAAACGACGGCUAGGUCUAGCGGUCAGCGGUGGCGUCGAUUCGAUGGCACUGGCCAGCAUCUGCAGCAGUUACAAGAAGCAAUAUCGGCAUCACAAUUUCACUGGUUUCAUCGUCGAUCACGGCGUGCGGCCAGAGAGCAGUGACGAGGCCUUUAAGGUCGCCGAAGAACUGCAACGCCUCGGCAUAGAUCCGGAGAUCCUGAAGCUUGACUGGACUGCCCACGGAGACCCAAGAAAGUUGAAGAAUUUUGAGACUCUUGCACGCCGCUUGCGAUACCAAGCGCUGGGGAAAGCGUGCUCCCUACAGAGGAUUUCGACGCUCCAGGUCGCUCAUCAUGCCGAUGAUCUUGCAGAAACAGUGCUAUCCAGGAUCAUCGCUCAAUAUCUGGGCGAAGGUCUUCAAGGCAUCAGAGAGAUCACGCCCAUCCCUGAGUGUCAAGGCAUCUGGGGUGUCGAUGGCAGUGGUGCUAGACGGGAUCUUAACACGACAGAGGAUGAUGCAUCUCUCUCUACGCGUAACGGUCAAUUGCCUGCGUCCAAGCACAUGCUCAUCGAGAAUGGUGGUGUGUACAUCACCCGCCCUCUCCUAUCAUUCGCCAAGGAGCAAUUGGUAUCAGUGUGUCAAAAAAACAACGUGAGAUGGUUCGAAGACAGCACGAAUGCCGACAAAACUUUGACAGUGCGAAACACCAUUCGGCACCUACACCGCAGCGGCUCUCUGCCAAAAGCUCUCCGGCGUGAGAGCCUAUCUGACCUGGCUCAUUCCGUACACGACCGACACAGGAUGUUCGAAGCACGAGCGAAGGAGAUCUACUACAGCAUGGCUAUCAAGCUGGAUCUCAAGACUGCCAGAGCCAACUUUUCGCUGCCACAACAAUACGAAUUCGGGUUUACGGUAGACGGCGAGCCAUAUCAUGUCAAGGCCCUGCUGGCUCGAAAGCUACUCAGCCUCGUAUCUCCCAAGCAAGACAUCUCAUUGCAGGACUUGGAUCCCGCGAUGAAAGUACUUUUUGAGACCCCAGAAGCCUCAAGAUCUGAUGCCCAGCUUCAAGGCACUAUGAUUGUGAAGUGUCCGCAGCGGACGUCAAGAAAGGGUGCCGAUAACAGCCAAUUCACACUCUCUCGACAAAACCCCGAACGCGACAUACGGGCGAAAGCUAUGUCAUUCAGCGAGCUUGUGUUGGAUCCUUCUCACAGUAAGAUUCCUUGGACCAACUUCCUCCUUUGGGACAACAGAUACUGGGUUCGAAUUGGCCGACAUCACUCAGACCCCCUCUCAUCUACACCUUCUGAACAUCUCCGUUUCUCUGUUGGUUUCCUUCAUCACACCGACAUACGCGACCUCCGUAUGUCCUGCUCGAAUUCCGCCUCCCGCCGGGCACUUGAUGCCAUUUUGUAUAGUAUAGGCGAGGCGAAAUGGUCGCAGCCCCUCAUAACUAUGACAAUCGAUGAUGGAAAAAGUUCUACUAUCGAAGUCAAUCAGUCGAAAACCAUUGUGGGCUUGCCAGCGUUGGGAUGGUCACCUGUGGGGAAGGCGAAGGAAUUGGGAAUAGUAUGGGACAUACGGUACAAGAAGAUCGAGUUCGGUGGCGGGGAUGGACAUGUCCUGGAAGCUGUAUCCGAUCCCAAAGACAGGACCCAGCGAAAGUCAUUGGUGCAGCCUGCUUCGAAGAAGAUCGAGCAGAGAGCGAAGCAGAAAGCAGGAAAGAAUGAUCGCGCGCGGCUACCGAUUGGAAAGUCGGGCAGGCUAUCAUAAGAAUAUGCGGCUUUCGAAAUACAGUCACCAAAGUGCAUUUGGAUUCGUCCCUCGACUUUCGCCCUAUCGACACUCACGCCCAACAUACGAUUCCGCGCACGCCUGCAUUAGCACCUACACGAUCUCCACCCAUGCCUCCGACUUCCCAUCGUGCAAUGGAGCGCAAACUGGGUCGUCCAACAGCUCACCAUGCAUGACGCCAUGCAAAUAUGCGCCUCUAAUGAGGCUGUAGCGAGAUUUGCCUCUCUCGUCAUACGAUCCUGGAGAAGGCCGCAGGAUCAAAGGAACGCGAGAACCUGGCACAAGCCAUAAUGUGUCGUUUGGGAGUAGGGCAUCUGUACCGAGUCCUAGGUGUCCUGUGUUGGUGAGGAACAAGCGGAGUAGCACACGAUGAGAAAAACAUAGCUCAAAAUCAUGGUGAGCAGUCGAAUGUAUACCGAUUCCAGGAAGUGAUGCGUCAUGACUGUGCCUUGGAUUGAUGUAUGCAUGCAUCUGGCUGAUCGGUGCUUUCAGAAAACUGUCGGUUUUCGAGCUUUUAGCGCACAUUGCCUUGAGAGAGUCGCGAACAUGGGGGCUGGAGUCACCAUGCAAAGCGCAUAAAGCUUCGAAAAGGGUGGUCGUUCGCAGUGCUGAACCUGUGCCCUGAGGAGUGUCUCUAGAAGCUCUUUGGCUAUCGCUUGGACCCUGGUUCCUUCUGGCUAGUGCAACAAUCCACUCCCUGAAUGAAGUACUAAGUCGCCAUUUCCCGUUGUCUGCGGGACACUUUCCCUCCCUAUCAGUAUCCACUAUAAGAGUGCGCCAGAGAGUCUCAAAGACAUCGGAUUCAUCAGAAGAUUUCAU